CACCCUGUAUCCUGUUACACGUCUAGUGAGCUAACGGGCUGGCACAUAUGGCCAUCGCCUUGGCUGAGGUGUUUUCUGUACCUCCCUUUGUUUACCUCGGCUCCUCCGAUAUGCGGUUAAAACGGUCUGUCUGACCAAGGACGUUAACAUUUCUGCCCUCGUGCUCCUCUUAACUUGAUGAGACGUCAGAAGAAUGAUCGCAUCCCUGUCUAAAGGAAAUAUCCUUGACGUGCUCCAGGAGGGUCCAAAUGAGAAGGAAGAAAGACAUAUGGGUUUGGAACAACAUGGCGAGUGAACUUUAAGUUUUAGGUCAACUGUGCUUACUUUUACCCCUCUACUUUUAACCCUACAGUGAUUACCUUAUACCUCGCACUGCUCUUAGAAGUGGUGCAACAACUGGCUGCCUAUGUGUCUUGGGUUAAUGCACAGCUGAGGAAGAAGCCAGGGCUGAAACCUGUGAGCGAUCUACGGCAGGAUCUCAGAGAUGGCGUAGUCCUUGCACACCUCAUCGAGAUAGUGGCUGGUGAGCUUCUCGAUGGCAUUCACUAUGUGCCACAGGACGACCUGGAGAAGAAGCAGAAUGUGGAAAAGGUUCUGCAGUUUGUGUCAUCCAAACGGAUCCGAAUGCCACAAACCUCUGCCAGGGACAUUGUGGAGGGGAACCUCAAAUCUGCCAUGAGGCUCAUUCUUGCCCUGGCUGCACAUUUUAAACCCUCCGCAUCAGCCAAUCAAAGAGCGGGGGCUGUAAGCAGGAGUUCCACUGGCUCCUCAGCCAAUCACAGACCACAUUCCACCAUGGCAAUGGCCCAGAAUGCAGCAGCAGCACUGGCAGCAGCCACACAGGAUGCCUCUCGCCCAGGCCGCUCUGUUUUUCACCUAAGACAAGAAUGGAGCAGUCGUGGUUGUAGUGCUGAUGAGGACACGGAGAACUCCUGCUUAAGUGUCCGAGCAUUGGUCCAACAGUAUGAAGGGCAAAAAGGAACAUUUGAGGAGACUGGAGCAAGAUCCACAAGCCUCAGUUCUCCAAGCCCCACUCGCACUCCCAAAGACUCCAUCAGUCUGUCGGAGGUGAAGGCAGGGUUUCUGGACAGCCUGUCCAGUGAGAAAACCAAUAAAUCAGAGGAUGCAGUUAAAUCGGCCCUCUGUGAACAAGCAAUUAUUCCGGGACAUGGUCUAGGGGGCUGCACGUGGGAGGACAAACUAUGUGAGCAGCAAGAGCAGCUGGAGAGGGAGAUGCAGGAUGCGCGGAAAAUGGUGUCCAGCCUACAGGCUCUCCUUCUCCAUGGUUCAUUACCUGAGGAUGAGCAGGAGGUGUCGCUCAGUCUGGGUGAGGGAGUGGAAAAUGCUGAGCAGCAGUUGGUUAUAAUCCGAAGUCGUCUGGACCAGAGCAUGGAGGAGAGUCAGGAUUUGAAGAGGGAGCUGUUGAGGUUCAAACAGGAGGCACGUAACCUGCAAGGAGUCAAAGAUGCUCUUCAGCAGCGUAUGGCUGUACAGGAAGCCUCAGUUUUGCAGCUUAAACAAGAACUCCUGCGUUCCAACAUGACCACAGAUGAAAUGGCGGGACAGAAUGCUGAGCUACAGAGAAAACUGGAGGAAAGGAACAAACUUCUCAGUGAAUAUAAGGCAAAGUUGGGCCAGAAGGAUCGACUUCUACAACAACAACAGCUGAAGCUGGAUGAGUCCCUACGCAAGCUGACCGACAGCAGCAGUCAGCAGGUUUGCCUGCAGAGGGAGCUAGAGCACAAGGAGACUAUUCUCAAAGAACUAAUGACCCAUGAGACAGAUGAGCAUCCUUGCUCACAAAAUAAUGGCUUCUCACAUCCACAAGUCACAACAUCCAAAACGCACCAUGGGGCUGAGGAGCUGCAGUUAUUAAGAGAUGCUCUGCGCAGUCUGAGGAACAGCUUUGGAGGUCACGAUCCUCAGCAUCACACUCUGGACACCUUAGAGCAAGGUGUGGCCAGCCUGAUGGAUCGACUUUAUGACCUGGAAACACGCCACAAACAGGAGCGGAGGACUAGAGUCAAAUCACCAGGACACAAAGCCACUCAUUCAGAUAGAGACUCCUGGCCUCCCACUUCAAAAAUGGCUCAUUCUCAAAGCAGUCCUGCACUAAACUCCUCAGCAUGCACCAAAGUCCUGUACUUUACUGACCGCUCCCUCACUCCAUUCAUGAUCAACAUCCCCAAGAGGCUGGGGGAGGUCACCCUGCAAGACUUCAAGGCAGCCAUAGAUCGUGAAGGCAAUUAUAGAUACCAUUUUAAAGCACUGGAUCCAGAGUUUGGCACUGUGAAAGAAGAGGUGUUCCAGGAUGAUGCUGUGGUGCCCGGCUGGGAGGGGAAGAUUGUGGCCUGGAUAGAGGAGGACCAUGGACAAAGAGGGACCUAACAUUAAUGCGCAAGAAUCUGUGAACAUAGGAAAUAGAGACAUCUGUGCCAAAAAUGCCAAGAUGAAUUAACAUCAAUUUGUAACAUAAAUGUAGAGAGUUGGACCUCUCUUCUGUGCCCUACAGACUUUUUCCAGUGUCCUUUACCCUGCAUGAGCUGAACAGCAGAAUGAACCAGAGUGCUUCCCAAAAGGACUUUGAGGAUCACCAUGGGGGUGACCAAAUUGAGAACAUCAGAAAUUUUCACAAGGGAUUUCAGAUCUCUUUCAGAGGUCUUGCCAUUUUCAUUCUUGGCAAGUACUUAAGGAACAUUUGUGUGACAACUGUUUACAGUGGCACAAGGAGGCUUUUGUUUGUUACUGUAAUGACAAGCUGGAUUUCACAAUUCACAUACUUUAAAGUAGAUACUGCCAGUGCAUUUCACAAGACUACUUUUUUAACCAAAUAAUUUUGCUCUGAAGUUAAUGUCAACAGUCAAGAUUACUUGUGUGAAUAUGGCCAUUAUGAACGUUAAGGUGUUAAAAUGGACCAAAGUAUUUUGCUUUUUUGAUGAACAAUCUUCCAAUAUCAUUCAAUGUGUCUGUCUUAGUUGCUUUUUGUUAGUAAGAGUCAAACAACAAAUGAAGAUUGGCAUAAUGGUAUGGCAUAAAUGUGAGAUUACGGUUCAUGAUCUUGAUUAGUAAAACGGAUGACCAAGAAGGGUAAUGCUACAUAGUACAUUUAUAGCAGCAGAUCUAAAUUGUAAGAAAGUGACCUCUGAUUGUCAUUGCACAUUUUCAACUGUAAUUUUAUGUAACCAUGUGCUGUUCAGCUGCACUGAUUUGAGUAUCACUGGAGUUUACAGGAGAGUGCCUGGACAGAGAGGGGUCACCGGAUUUUUGUUCUGUUUUAUAUUUUUGUAAAUAUGUUAAUAUGUCAGAGGCAGAGAGAGGCAUUGUGCCUUUAUACUGUAUUAUGUUCUAUAAAUACUGAAUAAUAUUUUAAAAAUAUGGAAUGUCCCCUUUGUACAUGUAAAAGGCACAUAAUCACUCUCUUCACAGAGGCCUCAAGCUAGCUGGAACCUUGUUGUUCACUCAUGAUGAUGCCAUUACUGAAAUUCUGUUUUUACCUUCAUCAAUAUUGCAGGUUUUUGCAGUGUUCGUUGAUAGAGGAUUGUUAUCUGCUUUGCCAAUAAACAGUUGCAGCAGUA